AUGGAGGACAAAACCAACAAAAUUCUCAACACGCGCACCAUCAGAAUAGAGAACACGCCAGAUACAUUCAACAUCACCAGCAUAAUAGAUUUAAUAAAAGAUUGUGAAUUAGAAUCCAUAGUCGUAGAGAAUGGUGUUUAUUAUUUAAACUUCUUCGAAUACUUUGUUUUUUACAUAGCGUAUAAUGAACUGAUAAAGGAAGGAAACGUCGGCGAGGAUAUAGCUAUAAGUUACGUUGAAAGCGGUGCUAUGCCGGCGAACAAGCUGCUUGCCCAUCAGGCUGGUGCCUCACGAAGCAUUUAUUUCUCUAAUAUUGAUGAUAAUAUGGACAAGGAAUACUUCGAAAGUAUUUGUAUGAAACACGGAGAGAUAGAAAACAUGAAGAUAAGUAAAGAGAAAAGACAUGUACAGAUAAGGUUCUACAAGUUUGAAAGCGCCAUGAGCUGCAUGGAGAGCCUGCACAAGGGCAACGGGAAGAGUAGGCGGUACGGGUUUCACAGGAUGAAAUCGCACAACAAGGCGUUCCACUGCAACAGAACACUAUAUCUGGGUAACGUACAGAGCGAAGUUACGGCAUCAGGUGUUCUCAACCACUGUCGAGGCGGUGCAAUCUUUUCUAUAAAGUUUUUAAGGGAGAAAAAGUGUGCUUUUCUUACUUUUAUAAAUCCACAUGCCGCAGAAGCAUUUCUUCAUAACUGUUCGCUCAACCCACUCACCGUUAAAAAACACAGGAUUAAAGUUACUCACGGAAAUAAUUCUAACAUUCCCAUAAACAUGAUGCUUGCGCUGUACCAUGGUUCAACAAGGUCAAUACAGGUAAAAAAUAUCGAUGAUGUUCUUGAUAUGGAGCAGAUCGAAAGUGUGUACAAGGAAAAUGGUGCUGUAGUCUACAAUUUUCUAUCGCUGUAUGCGGCCACGAAAGCAAUGGAAAACUUAAGGAGUACUUGUAACGAGGAUCAGGUCAUGUAUGUCCCCGAUAGAUGUGAUAUUGUCAAUUCGACCGAGGUGAUGCUGUACAUGCACUACAAUGAAUUUAUUAAGAAGAAUUAAAGAUUGUCAUUUU